AUGUUGCACAAUAGUGGACAUGGGGGAUGGAAGAUGAGUGAUGAUGUGAAUAGCGAUGACAAAUGUGUUAUAGAUGAUCGGCAGGGAUUAAUUCCGGGAAGUGUAGCAAAAAGGAUUGAGAUGGAAACGGCUAAGCAUAGUACUAUUAUGAUGGUUAGGCCGACCAGCGGCUUUUGCAAAAACAUACAGUUUGUAAGGCGAUUAUCGGAUAAGCUGAUGUGUGCGCUUUUUCAGAAAAGAUAG